AUGGCUCUGGUCCGCAUCAAGGACGUCAAGCGACAUGGAUGGCAAGAUAUUUGGGCCCGAUACUACCAGCAACGCCCAUUUCCCACACCGGGUAACUAUAUGCGCCAGAGCAUGUUACUCGCGUUGGCCACCUAUUUUGGGACGGCCGAUAUGUACGUCGUCGAAUCCUGGAUCAAGGAUCAAGGUUUCGACUCUCCAUUGAAGUUAACCGAGGAGGAGACACAAGAGGCAGCACGCCGAGUGCACGUGGCCGUGGAGCAGGCGAUCGAUCGCGCUGAGAGAGACGAGAGCAUAGAAGAUUGCGAUAGUAGCAGCGGCGAUGAGGACGAGGAGAAGAUGAGGGUGAGGGCGAAGAUGAGGGUGAGGGCGAAGAUGAGGGUGAGGGCGAAGAUGAGGGUGAGGGCGAAGAUGAGGGUGAGGGCGAAGAUGAGGAUAGCAAUUCUACGACGUAUCCAACUACUUGUGCUCCGCAGUAGGCAUAUUGGACAUAUUAGAACGAGAUGGAGAUAG